AUGAGUGCUUCGUAUGAGAAAAAUAUGGGAGAAUUGAAAAAUAAAUUGGAACGAUUAAGUAAAAAUUGUAAACGAGCGUGUUUUGUGCAAAUUAAAAAUAAAUGGUAUAAAGUUCUUAAUACUAGUUGUUGUGCUAAUGAAUGUUUGGAUGAAAUGACAAAUACAAAAUGUGUUAAGGGAAAUGGAUUUGUUAAAUUAAUUGAUGAUGAGAAUAUUAAAUAUAUCAAUUGUGAUGAUAAAGGUUUUAAUAAGUGCGUUACUGUUCAUACUGAAAACACUUUUACUAAACCAAAAGAAGAAUGCACCAAUUAUUCUUUGUUUUAUUUUGAAAUUAAAGUUAAAAUAGAAGGAGAGAAAAAUGGUUAUAACACCUGGUUAAAUAUUGGUCUUAGGAAUGAUAAUGAGGAUUUGAUUAGUUUGGUUGCAGAGGAUGGAGUAAUUGAAAACGAAAAAUAUGAAGUAUUUAAACUUGAAGAGUUUUCUUGGAAUGAUGGAGAUAUUUUUGGGUGUGGAUUGGUCUAUCCACCGACUGAGAAAAUGCCUAAAAAGUUGCCAUAUAUUUUCUUUACUCAAAAUGGAAAUCAAAUUGGUAAAGCGAUUUUGUUGAAAGAAAAUUUUGACUCUUAUGAACCGACUGUUCGGACUAGAUGUUGUUCUGUAGAAGCAAACUUUGGGAAUGAUUUGGAAGCUAAGCCUUUUUGUUAUGACAUUACUAAACAUUUUGUGAUUAAAGAAUUUUAUGAAGACUCUGAUGUUGAUUGA